GCCGGGCGGCGACGGCACAAUGAGCGGCCGCAAACGCAGCUUCACCUUCGGGGCCUACGGCGGGGUGGACAAAUCCUUUGCCUCUUGCCGGAGUGUGUGGAGGAGUGAUGGGCAGAACCAGCGUUUCCCUCAGGCACUAGACCUGUCACGAGUGGACUUAGCUCCCUCCCACACUACUUCACUCUACCCUAAGAACACAGAUCUGUUUGAGAUGAUUGAAAAGAUGCAGGGAAGCAGGAUGGAUGAACAACGAUGCUCCUUCCCACCACCCCUCAAAACAGAGGAGGACUACAUCCCCUACCCAAGUGUCCAUGAGGUCCUGGGGCGAGAAGGGCCCUUCCCUCUCAUCCUGCUGCCCCAGUUCGGGGGUUACUGGAUUGAAGGCACCAAUCAUGAAAUCACCAGCAUCCCAGAGACAGAGCCACUGCAGUCACCCACAACCAAGGUGAAGCUCGAGUGCAACCCUACAGCCCGCAUCUACCGGAAGCACUUUCUUGGCAAGGAGCAUUUCAAUUACUACUCACUGGACACAGCCCUGGGCCACCUGGUCUUCUCCCUCAAGUAUGAUGUCAUUGGAGACCAAGAGCACCUGCGGCUGCUGCUUAGGACAAAGUGCCGGACAUACCAUGACGUCAUCCCCAUCUCUUGCCUCACCGAGUUCCCCAAUGUGGUCCAGAUGGCAAAGCUGGUGUGUGAAGAUGUAAAUGUGGAUCGCUUCUACCCUGUGCUCUACCCCAAGGCUUCCCGCCUCAUUGUCACCUUUGAUGAGCAUGUGAUCAGCAAUAACUUCAAGUUUGGAGUCAUUUACCAGAAGCUCGGACAGACCUCUGAGGAAGAGCUCUUCAGCACCAAUGAGGAAAGCCCAGCCUUUGUGGAGUUCCUGGAGUUUCUUGGCCAGAAGAUCAAACUACAGGACUUUAAGGGGUUCCGAGGAGGCCUGGACGUGACCCACGGGCAGACGGGGACCGAGUCUGUGUACUGCAACUUCCGCAACAAGGAGAUCAUGUUUCACGUGUCCACCAAGCUGCCCUACACAGAAGGGGACGCCCAGCAGUUGCAGCGGAAGCGGCACAUCGGGAAUGACAUCGUGGCUGUGGUCUUCCAGGAUGAGAACACACCCUUCGUCCCCGACAUGAUUGCAUCCAACUUCCUGCAUGCCUAUGUGGUGGUACAGGCUGAGGGCGGGGGCUCUGAUGGCCCCCUCUACAAGGUCUCCGUCACUGCCAGGGAUGAUGUGCCCUUCUUUGGGCCCCCUCUCCCAGACCCUGCUGUGUUCAGGAAGGGGCCUGAGUUCCAGGAAUUUUUGUUGACAAAGUUGAUCAAUGCCGAAUAUGCCUGCUACAAGGCAGAAAAGUUUGCCAAACUGGAGGAGCGGACGCGGGCCGCCCUUCUGGAGACACUCUACGAAGAGCUGCAUACCCACAGCCAGUCUAUGAUGGGCCUGGGCGGGGACGAGGACAAGAUGGAGAACGGCAGCGGGGGUGGGGGCUUCUUCGAGUCUUUCAAGCGGGUCAUUCGGAGCCGCAGCCAGUCCAUGGACGCCAUGGGGCUGAGCAACAAGAAGCCCAACACCGUGUCCACCAGCCACAGCGGGAGCUUCAUGCCCAACAACCCAGACCUGGCUAAGGCGGCUGGAAUAUCACUGAUUGUCCCUGGGAAGAGCCCUACAAGGAAGAAGUCAGGCCCGUUUGGCUCACGUCGCAGCAGUGCCAUCGGCAUUGAGAACAUACAGGAAGUCCAGGAGAAAAGGGAAAGCCCCCCAGCUGGCCAGAAGACCCCAGACAGUGGACACGUCUCACAAGAGCCCAAGUCGGAGAACUCGUCCACUCAGAGCUCCCCAGAGAUGCCCACAACCAAGAACAGAGUGGAGACAGCGGCCCAGAGAGCAGAAGUGCUGAAGGACUUCUCCCGCUCCUCGUCCAGUGCCAGCAGCUUCACCAGUGUGGUGGAGGAGACGGAGGGUGUGGACGGGGACGACACAGGCCUGGAGAGUGUCUCAUCUUCGGGGACGCCCCACAAGCGGGACUCCUUCAUCUAUAGCACGUGGCUGGAGGACAGUGUCAGCACCACAAGUGGGGGCAGCUCACCAGGCCCCUCGAGGUCACCCCACCCAGAUGCCGGCAAAUCAGGGGACCCUGCGUGUCCUGAGAUCAAGAUCCAGCUGGAAGUGUCUGAGGAGCACAUGUCCCGGCUGGGCUCCUAGUCGGGCCACCCUCUCUGAAGAUGACACCAAGCAGAUGAGGCCGCAGAAGCACAAGGUGAAGAUGCUGUGUCAAGUCCAGACAGAAGGGACCUCUGCCCUCAAGGCCAGCCCCAGCCCCUGGACUGUCCCCUGCCUCCCCAGUCCUCCUCUUGACCUACCAGUUUGGGCUGCUCUGCCGGGUGGAGCCAUCCAGACCUCAAGCGGGGCAGCUGCUGGCAUCCUCCCCACCCCCAGGCGGAGGGUCUGGGCUGGGAAGGGAGUAGAUGGUUGAAGCAGGACUCCAUGCCCAGCUUAUGCCUGUCCCAAGCCCCCAUUACCUCUGGGCACACCUCUGGACUCAAGGGGAGAAAGAUGGGAGUGGUAUUGAGAUAUGUCAGUGCACAUAGUCUACUAGAAGGAAGCAGGGUGUGAGGUAUUUGGCAGAGAGAGCACAGGGCUGGCCAUUCUGAGUUCUGACUUAGGUUCUGCUGUGUGGCUCUGGGCAAGUUACUCUCCCUUUCUGGGCAUCUCUUCUGCAAAUGGACAAGAUUAUUUCAGAGGUCCCUGAAGACUGUGAUUCCAUGUACCUGCCUCAGAAGAGGGACUGUCAUCCUAGGAUCCUCUCAUCAUUCUGUUUCUUGGGGUCCCUGGGGUCCCGGGUAGGCUGAGGGGCAGGGAGCUCAUUGCCUCUCCUGGACCCUCCAACUCAAUCGCAGAUCUGCCAAUGCCCUGUCCACUGCCUACAUGUGACAGACAUGUGUGACCCCUUGCGGAAGAAGGGAGAGCUAUCUGGCUUCUCAGCCAGCACCCAGCUUAACCCUUACCAUCCCAUGCUGUGGGAUGCUCCCAGCUGAGGGGGCUCAGCUGGCAUAGAGCCACCGGCCUCACUCCUGCACCCUUCCACUGUGGAGGGGGCCACCAGUCACAGCUGCUCUGAGUCCAAGUUCUUGUGUGUGUCUGUUCACACUUUUUAGGCACCAUGCCAAAGGCCAGCCUUCUAGCCCCAACAGCUAGUUUGGAAGCUCCCGCGGCCGUGUGUAUGUUGGUAACAGGUGUACAAAAUAAAUUCUAUUUAUCACUAUUGUAA